AUGCAUCGUGGAAAGACCUUUACACUCUUCUGCCUUAGCCCCGGGGCUCUUUCAUACGUGAUUACAGCCUAUCGGAACGACGACUGCCCUGGCCAGUCUAAGAGAGCCAAUGUGCGGGACAACACAUGCAGAGAUACCAACAUAUUUGGAGGUGAAAAGUACGGAGGUAGUCACCAGAAAGCCACCCUUUUAAAAAACAACGGAUGCGGUACCGCUGUGAGCACAAGGUAUGCUUGGUGGGCGGAUGGGGGAGACGGUUCCUUUAAGAAGGGCGCGUUCCUGAAAUUCGAUCGCGACAUUCAUGCCUACGGCUUCGUUUCAUCUUAG